AUGCGGCCGCAGUUGUAUCGUGCGGCCGCCCGGUCACUCCGGGUCCCAAAGGUCAACAACUAUCCUAGAACCUUUGUUUCGACAACCCCUCGCUCUGCUGAGGUGGAAUUGACAAUUGAUGGAAAGAAAGUCUCUGUAGAAGCCGGUUCGGCCCUUAUCCAGGCCUGUGAGAAAGCAGGCGCGACAAUUCCAAGAUAUUGCUAUCAUGAAAAACUGUUAAUCGCAGGCAACUGCCGUAUGUGUCUGGUGGAAGUUGAACGUGCUCCUAAACCCGUGGCCUCAUGCGCCUGGCCCGUACAACCUGGAAUGAACGUCAAGACCGACUCGCCCCUUGUGCAUAAAGCGAGAGAGGGUGUAAUGGAGUUCCUCCUCGGAAAUCACCCUCUUGACUGCCCUAUCUGCGACCAGGGUGGAGAAUGUGACCUGCAAGACCAAUCCAUGCGCUAUGGUGCCGAUCGGGGGCGUUUCCAUGAGGUUGGUGGCAAGCGUGCUGUUGAAGACAAGAAUAUUGGUCCUCUGGUAAAGACUUCUAUGAAUCGGUGUAUCCAUUGCACUCGCUGCGUUCGAUUCAUGAACGAUGUUGCCGGCGCCCCGGAGCUCGGAACAACCGGCAGAGGAAACGACAUGCAAAUUGGAACUUAUUUGGAACAGAACCUCAACUCUGAGCUCUCUGGCAAUAUUGUUGAUCUCUGUCCUGUCGGUGCCCUGACAUCAAAGCCUUAUGCUUUUCGUGCUCGCCCUUGGGAAUUGAAGCACACUGAAUCGGUUGAUGUUCUCGACGCCCUGGGAUCUAACAUCAGGAUAGAUACCAGAGGCAUGGAAGUUAUGCGCAUACUUCCGAGGUUGAAUGAUGAUAUCAAUGAAGAGUGGAUCAAUGACAAAUCUCGAUUCGCUUGCGACGGCUUGAAGACUCAGAGACUAACUACACCCCUUAUUCGAAGGGAUGGCAAGUUCGUCCCAGCGACAUGGGAACAAGCAUUGACUGAUAUAUCAUCGAACUACCAAAAGUCGCAGCCGGGAGAAAAUGAAGUUAAAGCCAUUGCUGGACACUUGGUAGAUGCGGAAUCGCUUGUGGCCAUGAAAGAUCUUCUCAACAAACUUGGCUCGGAUAAUUUGGCUCUUGACCAAGCAGGUGGCGGAUCACCCAUUGCCCAUGGCAUUGAUGUUCGCGCAAACUACCUUUUCAAUUCCAAGAUUUACGGAAUUGAGGACGCCGAUGCCAUCCUUUUAGUUGCAACAAAUCCCCGCCACGAAGCAUCUGUCCUUAACGCACGCAUUCGCAAGCAAUUCCUUCGCUCUGAGCUUGAGGUCGGAUUAGUAGGAGAAGAGUUUGACAGCACCUUUGAAUAUGAACACCUUGGUGCCGAUGUCUCUGCUCUGAAGGCCGCUCUUUCAGGUAAAUUCGGCGAAAAACUUGCUUCCGCUAAGCGACCCAUGAUUAUCGUUGGCAGUGCUGCGACCGAGCAUCAGGACGCGAAAGCGAUAUACGAGGCCGUCGGUAGCUUCGCGGAGAAACACUCGAGCAAUUUCAACACUCCAGAAUGGCAAGGCUACAACGUUCUUCAGCGUGCUGCUUCACGUGCUGCUGCCUUUGAGGUUGGAUUCACUACACCUUCUCCCGAAGUCGCCCAGACGAAGCCUAAGAUUGUCUGGCUUCUUGGAGCCGACGAAGUUAGCCCGAAUGACCUUCCUAGCGAUGCGUUCGUCAUCUACCAAGGGCACCAUGGCGAUCGCGGUGCUCAACUUGCUGAUGUUGUUCUUCCCGGAGCGGCUUAUACUGAGAAAUCAGGCACUUACAUCAACACUGAAGGUCGUGUGCAAGUCACUCGCGCGGCCACUUCUUUGCCUGGUGCUGCACGGGAUGAUUGGAAAAUCGUACGCGCCGUUAGCGAGUUCCUCGGUGCACCGCUUCCUUAUGAUGACAUCGAAGCUCUUCGCGAUCGCAUGGAGGAGAUUAGUCCCGUCAUGCGCAGAUAUGAUGUCGUCGAGCCAACUUCGUUGAGCUCAUUGAGCAAGGUCCAAUUGGUCGACCAGAACAAGGGCAUCAAGCCGACUGAAACACCUUUCAAGAAAAUCAUUGAAGACUUUUACUUUACUGAUUCUAUCUCCCGAAGCUCGCCCACCAUGGCUCGCUGUUCCGCCGCUAAGGCUACUGGCAACCCAGAAACGAACUUUAUGGCUGCUGGUGAAAUGUCUCCACAAGCUUUGUAUGGUUAA